CUUCCAUAAACCUUUACUUGAUGUUGUGUGGGUCUAUAGUGUUGUAUUGUACGCAAUAUAUCUAGUGGCUAUACACUGUAAAGAUUUAGCUCUCCACCAAAAAGAAAAUCCCAAGUCUUAUCAUAAACCUAUUCCCCCUCUUUGUCUAAUAGAUCUCAUCCUCUAUUAGCCUUAAGAAACAAAUUAAAUCACCUUUUGUUUUUCACUUAUAGACAAUCUCUGUCCAUGGCAACGUUGAUAGCGUAUAGAUUAUCGGAGAAGAAAAGCAUAAUACAAUCUGCGAUAUUAACCAUAGAGCUUCUUCUCUUAUCAACCGGACUGAUCUCUACUUUUUUCAUGCUGAAAAAAGCUAUAAAUCCACGCUACUUAUUUGACAUGUUUCUCAUUAACCUAAAGGAAGUUUUUACUUUUUUGAAGAGAUUCUUGUCAUCUCCACUUUAUAUCUGCAUCUUUAUCAAUUCUGUUGUCAUUCUUAUCUUGACUUUCUCCAAAUUUCACCGCUCUACAAUGGACUUUUUAAAUAUUUUUCUAGAUGAAAAGGAUAUUGCUGAAGAAAAUAUGCAGGUUCAGGAUCAUGAGUCAGAGUCGCCACAAUUAUGUUCACCACCACAAUAUCAUGAGAAAGAAGACAAGCCGAAAAGAAAUAUUUCUCAUUUGACUCAAGCCCGUGAAAUCAAUAGUCCACGUUCAACAAAUCCAGUACCUCAACCAACUAUAAAAACCAACUAUACAACAACCUACACCAAUCACCAAGAAAUGACCAAUCAAGAAAAUAUUGAAGAAGUAGAGGAAGUGGAUGACUCAUUGGAGGCGACAUGGAACGCGAUAACAGGAGGAGGAAACAAGAAAAAGAAGAAUCAUAUACUGAAGAAGAGUGAAACAUGGUCAGUGGAGCCAGAGCCAGUAGUUGUAUCAGCACAGAGCAUUGGAUCCAAAGACUUGUUACCAUCAGUGGCUUCGGCAUGGAAGGAUCUCAGAAAAUCAUUAACUUUUAACGAUGCUUUAUCGGUGUUUAGACGAGGGGGAUUGAGAGGGGACUUUAAUUCAGUAAGUGCAGAGGAAUCCAACAAAAGAUUUGAUGAUUUCAUAAAGAAAAUCAACCGUGAGAGAAUGUUGCAGAGGCAAGAAUCAGAUCAGCGUGCCUUUAAUACUAUGCUAAAUCGGGCACGUUAACUGAGAUUGCUUAGUAGCUAGCUAGAACUAGUAUAUAUGAAAUACUUGUACGUAGUUCAGUAAUGUUGUACAGAGCAAAGCCAUCCCACGAUGGGUUUUUCAUUUUUAACUAGUACUGUACUACUACUACUACUACAGUUUGCAACUAUUAUUAUUACUUAUUAUUUUUAUUU